UGUGGCAUUGAUUUGCCCUAUCAUCAUUACUCCCGCCAUGGCUGAUGGCUGCAAUGAGUUUGUGUGUGGUUCUGUGGUAUCCAAGUGCCUCUUGACACAAAGUUGUCAGUGCAAACUUUCCGAUUGCUUUUGCUGCAAGGACUGCCUUAAUUGUUUAGGGGAAUUGUAUACGGAGUGCUGCAGCUGCUUGGAUAUGUGUCCCAAACACAAUGACACAUUAAGUGCACUGGCCCCCAAAUCACAGAUUGGUGAUUUCGAAGGAGUACCCGAGUAUUUUGAUGCCCUAACAGCGGAGGAGGAUGAUAGUCAAUGGACUACCAUACGUUUUCCUAUGCGCAAUAGUUUACAGCGUCACUACAACAUGGCCACGGGGACAUUUGGCUUCGGCUCACCAUAUGGCGUGGAAGAUGCUGAUCAGGAUGCCUCAUUGCAGAAUAUACCCACCACAGUUAAUUGCACAGUGAUAUUUUUGAAUAAUUGCAUGAAUAAUAAAAAAUGUUCCGAUUAUUGUGAAAGUAUGGGUUCCAAUAGCUAUCGUUGGUUUCACGAUGGCUGCUGUGAGUGCGUCGGUGCCAAUUGUUACAACUAUGGCAUCAAUGAAAGCCGUUGCUCUGCCUGUCCCGAAGAGGAGGAGGAUGACGAAGAAAUGUUUGAUGUUGACAGCAUGGAUGAUUCGGCUGAUUAUGCUGGAGAAAAUGACGAAUAUAUGCCAUGGGAUUAUGGCGAAGAGGAACUGAAUUAUAAUUAAAUUUUUUUGUAAUUUAUUUGUUC